UCACAAUCAUAUCACUAUAGCAGAAUUUCCAAAAUGUCUGCUUCCACUGAGGCCCCGAGGCAGUUUAGCCAGCCAUCUCGCAAGGGCAAGAAAGCCUGGCGCAAAAAUGUCGAUAUUACGGAGGUUCAGGAGGGACUCCGCAUCUUGAAAGAUGAAGAGAUUAAAGGUGGUGUUAUCGCGGAGAAACCCUCGGACGAGCUGUUCGUUAUCGAUACCACUGGAUCGGCAGAAGUACGCAAGGCCAUUCAAAAGAAGCGCAAACUUCUGAAAUCGGAGGAAAUUAUCGCACAGCGCUCUGCAAUUCCUGGUGUGGACACACGCACGCGAUCGAAUUCGAAAGUAACAGACGGGGUCAUCGAACCGAAGCACAAGAAGCAAAAGGGUGAUUGGGUCACGCGGAAGGAUUGGUUGCGCUUGAAGCAGGUGGCCAAGGAAGGCAAGCCCGUCAACAAGACCGAAAGCGACUUGUACGAUCCUUGGGCUGAUGCAGAGGACUCGACUCGCUAUGACGAUCCGAAGUUUGAUUUCCUGGAAAAGCCGAAACAGAAAGUCGAACCUGUUACCCUGAAGCACGCUCCUAUCUCCCUCGCCGCAAAUGGCAAGCCGAUCCCCGCUGUUCGUCCCCCAACUGCCGGCACGAGUUAUAAUCCGACAUUUGAAGACUGGGACAAACUCCUUCAAGAACAAGGCGAGAAAGCAGUCGAAGCUGAGAAGGCGCGCUUGGAGGAAGAACGCAAGGAACAAGAAAGACAGCGGAUGAUCGCAGAGGCUAAGGAUGACGAUGGCGAAGUGAAGUCGGAUGAUGAGAGUGCCUGGGAAGGGUUUGAGAGCGAAUAUGAAAAGCCAGAUUGGCUAAACAAGAAGCGUCCGGAGCGGAAGACCAAGACCCAAAGGAACAAGGUCAAGAGACGUAAGGAGGCCGAGCGGCAAGCGAAGUGGGAGGCCCAGAUGAAGAAGAGACAAGAGCAGUAUGCGCGGGCCAACGUCGCCCCUGAAGAUGCCGAAGGACAGGAACUCGAGCUUGCCGAGCAGUCGGAGGACAGUUCUUCGGACGAAGGUGAUGAUACUCUUCUGCGCCGCAGACCCCUCGGAAAGCUACAUGCUCCUGAAAAACCUUUGGAAGUUGUGCUACCGGAUGAGCUUCAAGACUCGUUGCGUUUACUCAAACCCGAGGGCAACCUGCUUGAUGACCGAUUCCGGACUUUGGUCGUUCAGGGAAAGCUGGAGGCUCGCAAACCUGUGACGCAGGUCAAGAAGCCCAAGAGGAAGAUUACAGAGAAAUGGUCUCACAAGGAUUUCAAGGUUCCAGGCUUUACAAACCACGAUGCAAUAGCGACUGGGUUCGAUUUUGGAAUGGACUUGAAAAACCUCUCCAGUAAUUGGAAGAAACUCCAGGGGACGUUAAAGCAGAAUAACGUCUCCAUCACCAAGCGCAAACUCUCCGACCGCGAGACGCAAAAUGCUACAGUGAAGAAGCGCCGAACAGACGCAGCCGACGGAAAACCGAACGUCGAACAGAAGAAAGCCACAAUUAAGAAGAAAAGAAUGUCUCAAAGCGCUCUGGAAGGAGGCGGGGCUGUUGCAGAAGAGGUCUUAAAAUCGACGUCGCAGAGGAAUCCCACUACAGCGGUUGCGGAAUCGAAAACCUCUAAGAUCAACGAGGGCCGCUCACCAACUGCGGAGCUAGGAAAAUAUGUCGCCAUGGAUUGCGAAAUGGUGGGUGUCGGUCCCGAUCCCGAGAACGACUCUGCACUCGCGCGUGUCUCUAUCGUCAACUUCAACGGCGAGCAGAUUUACGACUCGUAUGUCAGACCCAAGGAGAUGGUCACGGACUGGCGAACGCAUGUUAGCGGUAUUCUCCCGAAGCAUAUGGUCAACGCGCGAUCACUCGAGCAGGUCCAAAAAGAGGUUACAGAAAUCCUCAAUGGACGCAUACUUGUGGGCCACGCAUUGAGUAACGACUUGGAUGCUCUUCUUCUGAGCCAUCCUAAGCGCGACAUCAGAGACACCAGCAAACAUCAGCCCUACAGAAAGAUAGCAGGCGGGGGUUCUCCUCGUCUUAAGAUGCUAGCUUCAGAGUUCUUGGGCUUGAAUAUUCAAGAUGGGGCACAUUCCAGUGUUGAGGAUGCGAAGGCUACGAUGCUUCUGUACCGACGGGACAAGGACACUUUCGAAAGAGAACACCUGAAGAAAUGGCCGGUGCGGCUGGUAGUCGAGAAGGAGCAGGGUGAUGAUCAAAAGAAGAAGAAGAAAAAGAAGAAGAAGACCCGUAAGAGGUGAUAAAAAACAUCUGCAUGAGUCGGUAAACCUGUCUAUAAUAUACCCCAGCUUUAUUUAGUUACAAGGCCAUCCAGC